AGACGUUUAUAUAAAUGGAAAAGGUUAAAGAAGAAACCCUUUAGCCGCCGGAGUACACCAAGCAGAAGAAUUCAAGGGAAUCAACCAGCUAAAUGGCUGUCGCGGGUCUCUACCGCCGGAUUCUCCCAUCGCCGCCGGCCAUCGAGUUCGCAUCGGCUGAAGGGAAGCAACUCUUUUCUGAAGCCCUGCAAAAUGGAACUAUGGAGGGAUUUUUUAAGCUGAUUUCCUACUUCCAAACACAAUCUGAGCCUUCCUAUUGUGGUUUGGCAAGUCUGUCCAUGGUUCUGAAUGCUCUCGCAAUUGAUCCGGGACGAAAGUGGAAAGGUCCUUGGAGGUGGUUUGAUGAGUCCAUGCUAGAUUGUUGUGAACCUUUGGAGAAAGUGAAAAGUGAAGGGAUCACAUUUGGAAAAGUUGCGUGCUUGGCUCACUGUUCUGGAGCUAAAGUUAAGGCCUAUAAUACAAAACAAAGCUCCCUGGAUGAUUUUCGUGAUCAUAUCAUUAGUUGUACUUCCUCGGAGGAUUGUCAUUUGAUCACAUCAUACCAUAGGAAACCCUUUAAGCAGACAGGGACCGGUCAUUUUUCUCCCAUUGGUGGUUAUCAUGCUGGUCGUGAUAUGGCACUAAUCUUGGAUGUUGCCCGCUUUAAAUAUCCCCCUCAUUGGGUUCCACUUGCACUACUUUGGCAGGCUAUGGACACAAUAGAUGAAGCAACUGGACAAUACAGGGGGUUUAUGCUUAUUUCUAGGUUUCAGAGUGCUCAAUCUCUGCUAUAUACUCUGGCGGGAUCAUGGGUGCCUAUGCCAUAAACUAGCAAUGUACACCUUAGAGGCGACCAUCAACAUAUUGUCAAGCAACUCACUAGCCUAAGUGAAGGCCCCCGGAAAGUGAAUUCCAUUCUCCAUGAGGAAUUCUCCCUUCAACAAGCAGUUGAGAAGGAGAUCGAGUCCCUGAAGACAAAGCUGGCUAGGAGAGAGAUAGCUCAACAGGAGGGCCUGUUGAAGAAGUAUGCCACCUUAAAGGAGGUUAAAGACUUAGCGAGAUGGAGUAUUGAAGAACUUGUCCGAUAAGCUAGGGAUUUCAAGUUGAAGGAGGAAAGGUGGGUGGCCUUCUUUGACUAUCCUCAAUACCAAAAGAUCCUUAAUAGGAAAUAUGAUGAGUGCAUCAAGUACUUAUUGCAAAAGCUAUUCGCCUCUAUAGAGCUCAAUUUCAAGUUUGAGGACAAUGUCUUCUCAUAUAAUCUGAUGUCGGAGGAAGAGAGCUACGGGGAUAGUGUGAUCACUGACUAAGGUUUUGCAUUUGAGACAGCAGCUCAGUUUUCUUGUUAGAUGCAAAGAAUGUAGGAAAUGAGAUAUAGGAGGCCAAAGAAGAGAGAUUGCUGUUAAUUUAUAACUGAAGUAGUUCUAGAACCUGAAAGACUUGCUCUGCAGAUUAAAUCAAACCAGAUUACAAGAUAUAUACAGAUAAGCUCCAGGUGCUGCUGUCUGAAAAAUGUUGAAGAACUCAUUCUACUUGUUCAAUAUCUACCAGGAAAAGCAAGGUUUGUGCCCAGUUGUUCUCACUGGCAUCAUUGCACUGACUUAUUUUGUACAAUUUUUUAUGUUCUAUUGCCUUUGUUUUUUUCUUCUCCUCCUCCCAAUGCCCUUUCUAAGUCUUCCAUUGGAAACACCCUUAGCUCUCUCAUUUGGCAUGUUUUUCACUGAGGAGAUGUUCUGGUAAUCCUCUACUGAUAUACUUUUAUUUUCUCUUCUUAGUGUGAUUUAGAUAAAAUAUUGAGACUCCACAUUGUUUGUGGAGUCAUUGUGUUGUGUUGAUACAAUAUUUAGACUAAUAAUUUGUUUGCGAUGA